CUGCGGCCCCAGGCGGAGCCGCUCGCGCCCCACGACGUCUUCAUCGCGGUGAAGACCACCAAAAAGUUUCACCGCGCGCGCCUCGACCUGCUGCUGGAGACCUGGAUCUCGCGCCACAAGGAGAUGACCUUCAUUUUCACCGACGGGGAGGACGAGGCACUGGCCAGGCGCACGGGCAACAUGGUCAACACCAACUGCUCAGCUGCCCACAGUCGCCAGGCCUUGUCCUGCAAGAUGGCAGUGGAGUAUGACCGCUUCAUCGAGUCGGGGAGGAAGUGGUUCUGCCAUGCGGACGAUGACAACUAUGUGAACGUGCGGGCCCUGCUCCGCCUGCUGGCCAGCUACCCACACACCCAGGACGUUUACAUCGGCAAGCCCAGCCUGGACAGGCCCAUCCAGGCCACAGAGAGGGUCGGCGAGAAUAAGAUACGUCCCGUCCACUUCUGGUUUGCCACCGGUGGGGCUGGCUUCUGCAUCAGCCGCGGGCUGGCCUUGAAGAUGAGCCCGUGGGCCAGUGGGGGCCACUUCCUGAGCACAGCCGAACGGAUCCGGCUGCCCGACGACUGCACCAUCGGCUACAUCGUGGAGGCCCUGCUGGGCGUGCCGCUCAUCCGCAGCGGGCUCUUCCACUCCCACCUGGAGAACCUGCAGCAGGUGCCGGCCUCGGAGCUGCACGAGCAGGUGACCCUGAGCUACGGCAUGUUUGAAAACAAGCGGAAUUCCGUCCACGUUAAGGGGCCCUUCUCGGUGGAGGCUGACCCGUCCAGGUUCCGCUCCGUCCACUGCCGCCUGUACCCGGACACGCCCUGGUGUCCUCGCACCGCCACCUUCUAGCAGCCUUGGCUGAGACCCGUCCCUGGGCGCCCCUGGUAUCCAAAGGGCCCGGGGACCCUGUAGUGCCACCGUGGCCUUGUCGCCGGAGGCUCCCCAGGGCAUGCCUCCAUGUGUGUGUGCCGUGUGCCCAUGUGCGUAGCAGACUGCCGGGCAGCUCUGCUCUGCCGAGGGGCAGGCGAGUGCCGCUUGUCUGCCUUUCCAGGCUCCACGGGUGGCCGGGCUCCGGAGCCUGUGUCCCCUGGAAGGGUUCGGAUGUCACGGGUCACUCUGAGGGCCGUUCCGCGUUAUCACUGUCGAGCCUUUGGCCGUGUGGGACCAGGGUCUGCUCCACAGGGUGUGGGGGGGCCUCCCUCUCCCCGCGGAGUGCAGGCCCUGGGCGGCGCCUCUGCGCCUGCGACUCUGCCCCGCCCCCCUGCAGAGCCCCCGGGACAGUCGAGGACCGGGCAGGCGUGGUCCGGCCGCUGCCCGGGUCCCGUGGCCCCAUCAAGCCCCCAGUGGCCAUGUGGCCGGCUGGGUGGGGGUCUUCUCUUUGUCUCCCCAAGAUGGGGAGUCAGAGCUGAGAUUUAACCUACUCUCCAAAGUAGAGAGACAGUCGCCCAUAGUGGGCGUGUCUGUAAAUAUUGUGACAGUAUUUUUUUACUGUGCUUGUUUUUCAAAAGGGGGUGGGUAAAAGUAGGGUGUUUUUGUCUUCAUUUGGGGGGAGCAGGGCAGGGUGUUAUUUUAUCUCUUCUGUGGAUUAGAAAAAGCAGAAGCCGCCCUUGCGAUUGUCUUUGCGGCUGAAGCUGGACGUGUCUGACACCCACGUAUUUAUGUGUCCCCUCGUCUGGCCUCUCCUGUGCCCUCCUGCAUCGGCCCUGUGUCCCGCCGGCCCAGCAUGGCACACCUGGUCCGGGCGUAUGUUCUGUCUUCUGUUUUUCUUUCUGCAAAGACAUAGUUAGGAAAGUGAACAAUAAGGGAAAAGUUCUCAGGGAUUGCAGUGUGGUUGCUAUGGUGACGUCCUUUGCUGUGAAUAAAGGUGCUCUUUGGGGCUACCCGGGGGUCUGGGUCUUGGCUGGAAGUUGAGGCUGAGCUGCAGGCCCGUCCGAGGUGGCUCCAGGGGGCUGGGAACUCAGCCCUUUGCUCUCGUGUGGGGAGGUGUGUAGAGAAGCCUCACGCGCACUAUUGCGAAGGGAACUUGGGAUCGAAAUGGCUACGUUUAGGUGCCUGGGAGGCACAGCCAGCCCAGGACAUGGCCAUACAGCCCUGGACACAGUCAUACAGUCAGGUCACGGGAUUUAGGUCCCACCAAGGAGGGGCCCUGAGGCUCACAACUUCGGCCUGUGCCGACCAGGCCCAGCAGGGGGGAUGGAGAUUUGCUGUGGCCUGGCCGGGGCCCUCCUUACCUGGCUUCAUCCCUGUCAUGUGCCAGCAGAGGCCACAUUUCUGUCUUCUUUUGCACAUGGGGAAAGUGAGGCUCAUAGCGGGCAAGACCCAAGGGCAGGCAGCUGGGGUAGUAAAGAGCUCAAAACUCAGAGGCCGGGCGGGCCUCGGGCCUGCCAUGCCCGGUCCUGCCAUGCUCGGCCGCCCCUCUGCGGGGCUCGGGCCCCGUGCCCGCCUGGACGGGCAGGCGGGGGUCAGGCUGCCCUGUUUCCUUCAGGGAACAGCUCUUCCUGGGGCCCUUCUUCCCCACAGGGAGCCAGGCGGGGAAGUCCCUGGCCACCCCCUCGGCAGCAGCCUGGGGAGCCCUCACUUCCUCUUCCUCACUCCACCUCUGACCUCUCGGGGGAGCCCGGCCUGCAGGGCGGCGGGGUGGUGGCCCCCCUGUGGACCUGGGGCUCCAGGCUCCUCAUUCCACGCCCGCACUGUACUCUAAGCCCAGCUUCGACUUAUCAGAAAGCUAAGUCAUUUGGCUUCCUCUUUCUAUAAGUGGCCUGAGACGGCUUCUGAGAAUCAUCUGCUAUUCACUUGACCCAGAAAUCCCCACGAAAUCACGCAAAGCCAAAGGUUCACAUCUUCGUAUCCGCUUUAAGAACGCGCAUGCAACCGCCCAGGCCAUCGAAGGCUGCACAUCUGAAAAGCCGCCGGGUGCCUGAGGGAUGUCCCUUCACAGACGCGAUGGCGUCAUUCUGUCCUAGCAGCGGUGGGGUCGGUAGGGAUGCCAGGCUGCAUGGGCUGGAUGCGGGGUCGGAGGCCCCAAAAGAGAGCUCAGAACUGCAGAGGGGGCGCUGGGCGCUGGCCGGUAACCAGGCCCCAGGGGGCAAAUGGCUGCCUGGACUCCCGGCCACACGGAGCCAAUCACACUGGAAAAAGCAGCUCGUCCCUAAACCAGAAGACAGGUUGCCCAGGAGAGAAAGAUGUCCCAGAAGAAGCCAGAGACACAGGAGUAAUCUCAGCAUCAAAUAAAUGCUAAUAAACGUGGGG